UGAUAACGAGUGCCGCCGACCGAUUACGGCGUUAUUAAUCCCCGCCGUCGAGCGCCUACAUUGUGUGUCAACCUCCCGUCGCUACACGGUAUCGUUCGUCGUCUACAGCUGCAGCUCGCGUGCCCGUCGACAGAAGAAUUUUUCCUCCGGUGGAUAAGUGUCAGUCAGCGUUUUUAAGUUUUCGACUACACCGUUUCUCCGCGCACCAGAAUCAUGUUCAAGCUCUCGCUGCUCUGUGUGGCAGCCGUUCUCUUCGUGGCCAGCCAAGAGGCCCACGGAAAAAUGACCUGUAAACUGCCUCAGGUCCAGAUUCCAGACGAUUGGAUCACCAUGGUUUCUCCGUGUACGAAAAAAAUGAAAGAGCAAGUCCAGGAAGAACUCACCGCAGCAAUGACAUAUUUUGCAAUGGGAGCACAUUUUUCUAAGGACACGGUGAAUCGUCCAGGAUUUGCAAAAAUAUUCUUUGAUAGUGCCAGCGAAGAACGUGACCAUGCUAUUAAAAUUAUUGGUUACUUGUUGAUGAGAGGAGGUUUGACAAAAGAUAUCAGUCAAUUAAUCCGUGACCCUCAACCUUUGUCUGAAACAUGGGCUGAUGGCUUAAGCGCAUUGAAGGAUGCUUUAAAAUUGGAAGCACACGUUACACGUAAGAUAAGAGAUAUUGCCACCACAUGUGAGGAACCUGGACGUGAGGGACAAGAUUUCAAUGACUAUCAUUUAGUUGAUUGGUUAACUGGUGAUUUCUUAACUGAACAAUAUGAAGGUCAGCGUGACUUGGCUGGUAAAAUAUCCAAUCUUGGUAAGAUGUUGGAAGCACAUGGAGCUCUCGGUGAGUUCCUCUUUGACAAGAAACUUUUGUCUGGAGCUUCAGUUUAAUUUACAUUUUUAUGAACAAAAUAAUGAACUUUACCUUUAAUUAUGAACAUUACCCAAAACAUUUUUUAAAAAAAAAUGUAAUUAUGUAAAAUGAUUAUUACUCAUAGAUAAACUUAUUCGUAAACUUAAUCAACUAUUGUAUUAAAGCAUGGUAAAUGUUAAAAUACAAUUUUAUUAUAUUUUUCACAAACAUAAAUUAAAAAUAAAUAUAUAUUUAUAGCUACAUUGUAUUACAUGACUUUUUUUUAUUAAUAUUUUUUAAUUAGUGUAAAAUUAAAUUAUUAUUUAAUAUUGUUGGCCAUAAUAUUUAAUUUUAAUCCAAUUAAACAUAUGAUAUCAUUACUUUAUUUGUAAGUAAUUAUUGCACUCUGAAACAAUCACGAGAAAUCAAAUUUUUAUCUUUUAUUAUAUUGUAUGUGUUCACGGCAGUGCUUGAAUUGAGAAAAAAUUAAAAGAGGGAUACAAGUUU